AUUAAAUUAGUGUAAUUGAAUUGGAUAUGAAUGUAGUUUUAUUUGCACAAAAUUGUGUUGCUACCUAUUCAUUGGUCACAAUUAUAAAAAAGCGGUAACACAAAGCUUGUUUUUGAAUUUGUUACAUACUUGAAAGCACACUUAGGUAUAUGCAUAGUAGGUACAGGCCAUUUAGAUGCCUGGAAUAGUGUAAAUAUUCUUUGAAUAGUACAAAUAGUUUCUUUUCCUAUUAUAACCUUUGAGACAGGAAUUUGCUGGAAGCUUAUGCAAUAAUUAAUGGGCAUUAUUGCAGAUAUACAUUACACUAACAUGUGUUUUUUUGGUAACCUUACAAGGUUGGAGUUUGUUAUCCUUUAAAAAAGUGGACACAAACUGUUUGAUAAGCAGACCAAAACACAAGAACUGAAAUUAAUAGUCAAUACCCUAAAGCUAUGUUCACAUUAGUGCGCUUUUUUCUCUUUUGCCUUCAAAAUCAAUAUGACCUUGGAUUGACCUCAUGGGCUCACACAAGGGGAGAUCAGGGAGCCGGGUAUGCAGAUUCCAAAUCCCAGUUAAUCUAACAUUAACAUCCAUGGGGAGUCCCAGAAGUCACAUUCAUUACCUCAAAUUCGGCACCACGCCACGAUUUUUCGCAUCAUAAAAUCACAAGAAUUUUAAUUGAGGGUAUUGCUAAACUUUAUAGAUUGCUGUGUGGUGAUGUUGAAGGAAAAUUUGAUGCUCUGUUCAAGAGAGUGGAAAAUAUAAUAAAAAAAUCGGGUCAGUUUGACAUGAUGCUAUGUGUGGGAAACUUUUUUGGAGUCAAUAACAGAGAGUUUAUACCAUACAGAAUUGGUGACAAAAAAGUACCAGUUCCGACAUACAUUUUGGGACCAAAUACACAGGAGCAUGUAGAUCAAUAUCCUAAAGAUGAGAGUGAGUUUGAAAUCUGCCAUAAUGUUUAUUACUUAGGUAAGAGAGGACUAUACACAGAUAGCAAAGGUGUUAAAAUUGCAUACAUAAGUGGAGUUUGUAGCGAAAAAGAAUCAAAACCGUGGACAUACACAGAAAAAGAAGUCAGUGAGCUGUGUGAUGUUUGUGUGAAGGGUAAUCCAUCAUUUAGGGGUGUUGACAUACUAUUGACGUCACAGUGGCCAUCGAAUAUUGUAUCUGAAGGAUCUCAGGCUUCACUGUCCAUCAACAGACCGAGUGAUAUGGCCAGCUAUCUGUGCAUGAAACUGAAGCCACGCUAUGUUCUUAGCGGCCUUGAAGGUGUGUACUAUGAAAGGCCGCCAUUUCGAUGUCCCAAUCUGGGUGAUCAUGACACGACGAUCGAACUAGCAACAAGGUUCAUAAGCUUGGCAAGGGUUGGAAACCCAAAUAAGGAUAAGUGGAUAUACGCUCUCAGCCUAACUCCUCUGGAUAAGAUGAAGUUCAAUGAGCUUUUGCAGAAAACCACGGAUGAGACACCUUGUCCUUUCAGUAUUCAGUAUUUAGAAUGCAGAAUUUUCAAUAAGAAAAGAAAAUCAAGUGGACCUAGUCAGUACUUCUAUGAUAUGGAUGCUCCUAUGGAAGACAAAAGAGGCAAGAAGAAAACGAAAAAACCAAAAGUGGAAUUUGAUCAAAGUAAAUGUUGGUUUUGUCUCGCUAGUCCAUCAGUGGAGAAGCAUCUUAUCAUAUCUGUUGGGAAUCACUCCUACUUAGCAUUAGCAAAAGGUGGGAUGGUAGAAGAACAUUUCCUCGUCUGUCCUAUAGAACAUCAUCAGAGUAGUAUUGCUCAACCUGAUGAAGUCCUGAAUGAGAUAAAUCAAUUCAAAGAAGCCCUUCGAAAAUUUUAUAAAAAGAAGGGAAAUGUCCCAAUAUUUUUUGAGAGAAAUUAUAAAACGUCUCAUAUGCAACUGCAGGCGGUGCCCAUACCAACUAAUGCAAACAGAGAAUUGAAAGAAAUAUUUUUUGAUGAAUCAGAAGGCCAGGGCUUUAAACUAGAAACUCUUGACCCUUCAAACAGGUUGGAUCAAGUGAUUCCGCCAAAAGUGCCAUUUUUUGCUGUAGAGCUACCUGACAGUACAAUUUUGUACACAAAAAUCCAAGGGUCCACGAACUUUCCUUUGAAUUUUGCCAGAGAAGUAUUGGCUUGUGGACCAGUUUUGAACAUGCCAGAUCGGAGUGACUGGAGAGAAUGUGUCCUCAAAAAAGAGGACGAAGAAUUGCUUGUACAGAGACUGAGGACAGAAUUUGAACCCUAUGAUUUUACUGUUGAAUAAACUUAUGUCACUCUAA